AUGAUGGACAAUCAGAGGACUAACGGUUUUGUUGAUGGGGGAAAUGACGGCCGUCGAAGUCAACAAGUGAAUUGGAAUCGUUUCGGAUUAGGUUCAGAGGAGGAUGGUGAAGUGAUAGUAGCCAAUUUUCGUCAACGUGGCAAUUGCGGUGGCUUUAUUGACUUAGGAAGUGAGUAUACGUAUGCUUCUGGUGGUCACCAAGCUUCUGGAGCAAAUGAGAUUUUCGCUCAGGAACAAGGCGAGAAACCAUGGUGGCGUUCUAAUUUCUUUAUAUCUCAGCCCGUAUUGUUUGGUACUUGGGAUGGUGUGUUUACGUCGUGUCUAAUCAACGUGUUCGGCGUUAUUGUGUUUCUGCGUUCCGGUUGGAUAGUAGCACAGGCUGGCAUUUUAAAUGCUGUGCUUAUCAUAUUUUGUACGGUUGUAAUUGCUUUAGUUUCGGUUCUCUCCGCCGUGGGAAUCUGCGAAAGAUGUAGAGUCGAAAGCGGUGGCGUUUAUUUUUUGAUAGCACAUACCUUAGGUUCCAGGUUUGGUGGCUCGUUGGGUUUAUUGUAUUGUUUUGGACAAGCUGUAGGGUGCGCCUUAAACGUAAUGGGUUUCGGUGAAUCGAUGGCGGGGUUUGUUGGAUUGGAAGACAAUAAAUGGGCUGUGCGAGGCUUCGCGACUGCUGCUGUUUUAUUGUUGGGAUGCAUAAAUGUAGCUGGGGUGAAAUGGGUAAUUAAAUUGCAGUUUAUAUUGUUAAUGAUAUUGCUUUUCUCGGCUUUGGACUUUAUGGUUGGCAGUUUUAUUGGAGAAGAUUCAAAAAACGGUUUCGACGGUUGGGUUAGUAAUAAUUUCCUAGAGAACCUUUGGCCAAAAUAUGAGAAUGGUUAUUCUUGGUUUCGUGUUUUUGGCGUUUUCUUUCCCACUGUCACUGGUGUGCUUUCGGGAAUUAAUAUGAGCGGUGAUUUGCGUGCGCCAUCGACUGACAUACCUAACGGCACCUUGGCCGCUUUCGGUACCUCCACUUUUCUUUACUUAGUUUUCAUCCUAUUUCUGGGUUCGACUUGUCAAAGAACUACACUAUUGAACGAUUUCAUGAUUUCAGUUAAAGUAUCAGCUCUUCAUUUUCUCCUCAUGGCUGGGAUUUAUGUGUCCAGCAUGUCUUCAUGUUUAGGAGCUAUGUAUGGGACGCCUCGUGUUCUGCAAAGUAUAGCUAAAGAAAGCGUUAUACCUGGCAUUGACAUAUUGGGGAAAGGAAGAGGCCCCAAUAAAGUGCCCCUUUAUUCAAUGGCUGUAGUGGCUCUGGUAACAGUAACCUUUAUCAUUGUAGGCGAUAUUAAUUUUCUGGCACCCAUCGUCACCAUGCCGUUUUUAUUAACGUAUGCCUGCAUAGAUUAUUCGUAUUUCGCUUUGGCACAAACUUUUGAUAUACAAGAACAAAGAGAAGAACGUUUUCGUAUACAAGCUUCAUCACCAUCGUACGAGAGCCGGCGAUAUGGAGCCAUGCCUGAAGGUAGCGAUUUAGAUUUGCUAUUUCCCGAUAGAGUGCGUCACAAAAAUUUGCAAACCCCGCAAAACUCACCUCAACAUAUGCCUUCUACGAUAAGUGAUAAUCACUUCGCUUCUGCGACUGCCGCCAAUGGCGAACUGGUAGCCAACCCUGAAAUUGAAACCAGAAAUAUUAUAAAUGAAACUGUAAACCACAAUUAUGCAGGAGGUGUUUUAGACGUGGUUGCGACACAAGAUGAAGAGCCUAUUGCCCCGAUUCGGGCGCCUAUACACCAGAAAACGAAAAAUUGGUAUUCGGGUUACUGCAAUCGAUGGGCUUCUUUAUUGGGAGCAUUUACCAAAAUAUUGGUCAUGUUAAUGGUUAAUUGGUACUAUGCUUUAACAUGUUUUUUGGUGGUCUUUAUCAUUUGGUUUUAUGUAGGAACUGCCAAUCCAGCUGUUAAACCAGGUGUUACGGCCGAGUUCAACUUUUUCGGCUGGUUAAAAAGUGUCAUAUUCCGUUGCUUUGGUAAACGUAUGCACGAAUAUGAACAAAUAGUGGUGACACCAUCAUGCCCUGGUGUUGAUCUAUCACCCACACAAUUAAAUGAGGAUAAUGAGGACUUUUCUCAGAGAAGGCGCUACCACCAUUCUUCGGUGGUUGAAGGUCAUUUAAUCAAUGAUAUUUAAAGCGACCUAUUUCAACGCAUUUCAUGCACUAUUAAGCUAAAUAAAAUGUUUAAGUCCUUCUAUGAACGAUAAUAUGGUAAAUAGACACAUACCGCUCCAUCCAUUCGUUGAAUAUACCCGUAUUAAAAAAAUGAAGAGUUCAAAAUAUAUAAAUGUAAAGCAAUAAGAUUUAUUAUAUGCUUCAGUUAAUUUAUAUGUUCAAUUAUAAGUUCAAAAAGCAUUUCUGAACGUUUCUCCU